AUGAACGUAGCCACUGCGGAGCCGCGCGGUGGUGUGUGUUGCGAGGAGAGGACGCGCGACCUGGCCGCGGCGAGCGCGGGGAGGCUGCAGGUUCGGGGCCUCGUGGUGGAGCGGCCCAAACCUAAAGACGUGGCUCGGCGGAAGAGGCGCAGCGUGAUCUCCGUGGAGGGCUCCGGCGACCGCGACCUGCUGCCGGGGGACGGCGCGCUGGCGCACGCCGAGGGCGCGCGCGGCGGAGGGGCGGCGCUGGCGGGGGGGGAUAUCGCGCGGCGCAUGGUGGCGAUGGGGGGCGCGCAGGCGCAGGGUGUGAAGCUGAAGGACCUGGUGGAGGCGAAGGCGCAGGGCGGGGGGAACCUGCUGGGGGAGUUCGGGGGGGAGGCGGAGGAGGAGGGGGAGUGGGAGUGGGAGGAGGGGGAGAUGGAGGAGCGCGCGCUGGUGGACCUGAAAGGCGGCGGGCGCAAGGCGAAGGUGGUGCAGCGCGCGCUGGACGAGACGCGCGCCGUGGAGGGAGACGAGGGGGGGGAGGGCGAGCACGAGGGCGCUGCGGCGUCGGCGCUGGAGGUGGCGGAGGACGCGGAGCUGGGCGCGGGGAAGGGCGGCGCGGAGGAGAGAGAGAGGGGCAGAGGGCGGGAGUGA